AUGUUCGGCACUGCUGCUUUUAUCGCUUUUUUGGCUGCCCUCUCUGGCGCUGCUGCUUUGCCUUUCAGCGAGGUCGUCCAGUCCCUUCCUAGGGAUAUCACCCACAUCGCUGUUGACGAGGCAGAAGGUCACUACCUCGCUUUCAAGCGCGACGGUUCUCUCUACGGGAGGUAUCCCGCAGACGCCGAGUCCAACAAUGUUGAUCGUCGUGCCGCCAGCCAAUGCGGACAACUAUCCAUCGACGAAGCCAAAACUAUUUCUGGGUGGGAUGCUAUUGAGCAAUACGCCAACGAUAACUGGGGCGAUGGCUCCCGCAACGUCGUUACGAACCCUGAAGAUUAUGUUGAUCGCCCUGCACAAGUUUGUAUCACAGACGACGUUGUCGAGCUCAGUUUCUCCGGUGACCCGGUCUGUCAGACGCACACUACUUCUUCUGAGGGUACCCUCGUUGGCACGGAGGGUGAAGUUGAUAUCGAAGUCGACCAGGGCUUCAACACUGAUACUUCUUACACCGUCACUUCGGCAUCGACGAUUGGUGUUUCCAACACAUUGACAGUCAAAAUUGGCGUUCCAGAGGUAGCCGAGGUCACCGAGGCCCUGACCAUCUCUACCGAGAUUACUGAUACCACUUCGAGCACCUUCGACGUGUCUUACAACGACGUGAGCAAGGUCACGUUAAAGAUUACCGCUCCUGAGGGCAAGACUUGUACUGCUAUGACAAGCACCAAGACCUGUAAUAUCCAAGUGACAGGAAAUAUCCGCUAUCUCGCGACCGGCUGGAUUUGGUUCAACUACGAUGACAAGACUCAGGGCCACUAUAAAUGGGCCAUUAACAUCGAAUCCGUCAUCACAAAUCUGGAUGACCGCUCUAGUUUUGCUACGUUCAAGGGCUCUAUGGUUGCGAACACCGAGACUAGCUACGCUGGCACCUGCCAGUAA